GCCGGGGCUGGGCCAUUGCAGGGCGCUGCCGCCUCCCUCCCUCCGCUGCGCGCCGGGGCUGAGCCGCUGCUGCUCCCACGGGCGGAGCCGGGGAGACCUUCGCUGCAGCUGGGACUAGCCCCGGGCCCGGCUCUGCCGGCACCAGCUCCGGCCCGGAGACCCAGAAUAACAUCCACAUUUUGCUCCGGAUCAUCCCAUCCUCCCAGGGGAAAGGAAAUGGUGUCAGUGGAGCUGGUUCAGGGGCUGGUGACCUUUGAGGAGCUGGCUGUGUACUUCACGGAGAGGGAAUGGGCUCUGCUAGACACUGCUCAGAGAGCCCUCUACAGGGAGGUCAUGCAGGAGAACUAUGCCACUGUGGCCUCACUGGAGAGACCUGCUGGGUACAGACACCUCUGCCCACUGGGGAGAACCCACCUUUCCACAUGCCUUAGCCCCGCUGCGCUGCCGACCAGGAGCUGCCCAAGGGGUCUAUGGCAGAAGCCCGCAGGCCCUGCACGGCUGGUAAACGGGUUGUUUGGAAGCCAGCUGGAUCCAGGGGAUCCCCCUAUUCCUAACACUGCGCAGUGAGCAGCAGCCCAACAACGUCCAUUCCCAGACCCUGCUGUGACCCCCUGGCCCAGAGCCCCGCGGGGCGAAUCCACUGAGCCCUCGGACGGAUGAUGCCAGCUCGACACUCGCUGCCGAUCUGGCCUGUGGAAGCUGAAGCCGGAAGAGACCUGCCCAGCCUGACCCCCAGCAUAGCCCCAGCCGGAGUCGCCACCCAGCGGGUCACCAAUCCAGCCCCAAACGGAGGGGACUUUACUGCCCUUGCCGGCUCCUGGGACCUUUCACCACUGUGGAGAGUCUGAUCUGACAGACGGGCCCUGCCCUGCCCAGGCACAGAGAGCCCUGCCAUGAUCUAGCCAAACGCUGGAGGGCCGGGCACCCGCCAGGCUGCCAACGCAGGUAGCACCAGCUGCCGGGAAGAGGGGAUACACGGGGGAUGUCGGGGCUCCAUGGUGCAGCGGGGUCACUCACCCCGUGCAGGGAGUGGGGUUUUCUACCUAGGGACCCAGCUUGUACAUGUGGAGACGCACUCAUUCCGGCCGCUAAGCUCUCCCUGAUAUUGAUCCAUAACGCUUCUGCUUCUCACAGAAAUCCUUGUGACUAAAAUCCACUUCACCUGGACUUCAGCAAACAAGUCAGUCAGCGGGGAGAGUCCAGAGCGCUCACAGAUCCUUCCCUUGGGCCGAGUUCCAGCAGCUCUUUCUCAGACUCCCCUUCUCUCUCUUUCCUGUGACAGCGUUUUGCUAUUUCCCGCUACGCCCCUUCCCCAUGGUCAUUAUUUGCAUAAAGGCAGCACCCAGAGCACUGCACACACACGGCCAUAAACAGCUUCUAGACUAAAUAGAUGAGAGGUGGGAGAGAAAACUGAGGCAGGGAAUUGCCCAAGGACACCCAGCAGGAACAGAGCUGGGACUAGAACCCAAGUCUCCUGAGUCUCACACCUGACCCACUAGUCCUGUCUCUUUCAGCUUAUUUCCUCCAUAGAAGGCCAAGAAUGUGUCUCCCCUGCCUCACCAUGCAGCUUUUACCCUCUGCUCCCCCUCACUGAGAGGAGCUGUGUCCCCCCUGGCUCACAGCCCGGAGUGCAUCAGGGCUGUAAAAAAUCCCUUGUUCCUUUGGCAGGAAACUCAACUUUUGCUCCAUUGGUAAACCUCUUGGAAGGCAACGUCCCUACGCCAUGCCUGUGAGGGGGCUUGUAUGUGCCAGCCUCUAGCAAAUGCCGCUGAGCCACGGAACAAGGAGAGAGCAAGUUUGUCGUGGUCUAGUGGCUGGUUGCCAUAAGCAGAUAACAGCCUGCUACAAUGACUAGCUAAUGGAGUUACUCCCUUAGCUCCAGCAACUGAGCUUAAUCCUUUCAGCAGACAGGUCCUGCUGAUGACCCAAGCUAGUCGUUUGUGAUGCCAGCUGCUGAGGGUUCGGUUAAUAGGGCUCCAGAAACUAAUGGGCUUUUUGAGCCCAAGCUGUAUUAAAGGUUGAUCCAACACAGUCCUCAGCCCAGUUUGCUUUGCAAAGACCUGACCUUCCCCCACCUCAAAGCUCUGCUAUGAAAGAGCGUCUUGGGCUCUGAUUGCAGCUGCAGGUUUGGGGGGAUGUUGCAGCUCCUAAUCACAUCCCCAGUGCCCUACACUGGUGCCUCGGUGGAAUUAGGCAGCCUGACAAGAUACAUGGCAACCUUCAGUCCCCAAGCUCAGUUUCCAAUUCGUAAGACAGGCUGGGAGUCAGAACAGACACUUUGCCCGCCUGAGGUGCAGAGCGAGACCUCAGGGUAACCUGGUUAGUUUCAGAGAUCCCGGGUCAGCUCAGCGGCCGAGCGCUAACAGCAUCGCCAACGCCAAGCAAUCAAUAAAAGUUCCAAACUGUGAGCCAGGCUGCAAAAAAGUCGUGAGAUUGGUUUAAAAAUCAUGGUAUUUUUUUAAAAAAAUCCAUUUUGGCUUCA